AUGGAAACUGCCCUGAGUUUGGGGCCGGGAGGCUCCUCCCGAGUGCCUUCACCUGGGCGAGCCCCGGCGCCCGCCACCGCUCCGGCCGUCCCGUCCACCCGCGCAGGCUGUGCGCCGCUCCCGCGGAGGCACCGCGUCGCCCUUCGCUCGCUCAUCCUCCCCCGACCUUCCCGCUUGCACAGCCUCUCUCCCUCGCCUUUCACUUUCGGUGUAGACCGAAAGGGACGGGAAAGGCCACGGGUGCCGGGGACGGCAGAGCCCGCGCUCCGGAGCGGCGCGGCCGGGAUAGGGCUGCGGGGCCUGGACUGGGCGGUGGGGCCGGGAUGGGGCUGCGGGAUCCAGACGGGGCGGCGGGGCCCGGACGGGGCGGCGGCUCCGUCCCGCCCCCCCGCAGCGCCCUGCGGAGAGAGGCAGGGGCCCGGGCUCCGCACUCCGGCGCUCCCCCUCUCCCCCGAUGGGCGCCUGCAGCGUCAAUCACGGCGCGCGCCCCCCCCCCCCAAGCUGCAGCAGCUCGGGCUGAAGGCGCACUACAUCGAGGCGGAGAAGCUGCGGGGGCGACCCCUAGGGGCGGUGGGCAAGUACCGGGUGCGCCGCAAGUUCCCGCUGCCCCGCUCCAUCUGGGACGGCGAGGAGACCAGCUACUGCUUCAAGGAGAAGAGCCGCAGCGUCCUCCGCGAGUGGGAAAACAACGAGAAUUCCAACUCCAACAGCCACAACCCGCUCUCGGCGUCAAUGAACGGGAAUAAGACAGUUUUGGGGAGCUCAGAGGACGAGAAGACGCCGUCAGGGACCCCGGAUCACACCUCCUCCAGCCCCGCGCUGCUGCUCAGCUCCAACCCCGGGCUGCAGCCCCUGCACGGCCUGGGCCACCCCCAGGGCCCCAGCGCCAUCCCCGUGCCCAGCACCGACCCCAUGCACCACCACAGCUUGCAGGACUCCAUCCUCAACCCCAUGUCAUCCAACCUGGUCGAUCUGGGCUCUUAAAACCGUGUACACACUCCCUCCUUCGCACCAGACCUCCUUUACUCUAUUUUUUUCCUUUUUUUUUUUCCCCCCCCUUUUAAUCCUACCAGAGACUUUGAAAGCGAUGACAAACUCCUUAGUGGACGUGUUGUGCCCUUUGGCAGCAGGCUGGCUGCAGGUUUGGAAGGUAUCGGACUCGGCUGUGGGUAGUGAUGUUGUGAAAAGCCUUAAGGGUUGCUUAAAGGUGGUCUCAGGCGUGUAAGGACUGUUGGACAGGAGCUGUGAUUUUCACGGCAGGCUGUAAGGCAGUUCGGUGUAGCAGCUCUUUCCAGCCUUAACUUCACGAAUCUCUCGGUGGUGUCACUCGAUCGGGCCGGUCUGUGUGGGAAGAGGCACAUUGUAAUCUUUUAUUUUCGGGGGGUGGGGAGGAAAGGGGAGCGCAAGGCCGCUGCUUCCAUGCCUGUUUGGAAGUUACACAUCGCUCCCGUUAUUCUAUUGUAGUUAUGUAUCCGUGGCAGGUGUACGAUGUACAAUUUCAACUAAGAAUACAAAAGUUGUAGUCAAGUUAUAGCAGCAACACGCGCUCUAGGCAGACUCUGUAACCUUCUUGUAGCUGAUGCUAUGCAGAGAGACGACUUCUUUGGCCUUGUCCAUGUGGUGCUUUCGCCAUUUGCUGGGUGGGAAAGGAAGCGAUGGCCCGGCUCCGGCCCCAGAGGAAGGCCGGGGCAGAUUCGCACCUCGGUGUGCAACGAGGGCAGGAGCGGGCUUUAAAAAAAAAGAGGAAUUGCUGCUCAAGUUUAGACCUAAACGACAGUAUCAACCGCAAGUCACUCACCUUAGUUUUGUUCAUUGUUUAUAUUAUGUGAAUACAUUCUUUGGAAAAUAUUUCUGCUUUUAUUUUAUAAUAAAAUUUAGAAAUCUA